GUAGGCUACUAAGCCUCGACCACAAUCCCCGUUUCCGUUAGUCUUUCCACCGAAUAUGGAUAUCUCAGUUGACGCGGCAAUUGUGGUUGUUGGUGUGGUGACGACGCAUACACCAGAAAGAACAAAUCGAUUGUUUCCGAUGAUUACACCACGUCAUUUGUUAUAAUAACGAAUAGCCCAGGGUAUUCUAGGGUAUUGCAUCACCCUCUAUAUUUUCACCAAAUUCAUGUUAGUGUUGUUGUUCAUGUUGCUGAAAAAUGGCUGACAGCAAUGGGAGAUGAGUUCUGGAGUUAGUAAACAAAGCUGGUAACAGUGUUUGUGCUGACUGUAAUUGUCAAGGCCAGUUUGAAAUAACCAGUUUCAACCACUGAAACAACUUCCUGACUACUAUUUUUUAAUGCAGUGGCAGAAUGUGCAUCUUUCAAUAUUGGAGUAUUUCUUUACGUUCAGUUGCUGGGAUCCAUCGUACCUUGGGAACCCAUAUAUCCAAGAUAAAGCACCUGAGAUUAGACAAAUGGGAAGAAUCCCAAAUAAAACAUUUAGAAGAAGUGGUAAAUAUUGUUGCCAAAAGGAAAUAUGAGGAACAGUACCGGUGUGUUACAGACCUUCAGAAAAUGAUCCACAGAUUCUUAGAGAACAAUGGAUUAGGGCCAAAUACCAAAGGGAAGAAUUUAUUCAUGCCGAAAAAUAGCGAUGUACUCGCGGAACUAUGGAAGGUUUUCUAUUCAAACAAAGUAAAGUUGAUCAUUCAUGCAAGCAAAGGCGGUUCGUCUUCUCGGAGCGAGAAAAUACCCUCAAAUACUACGUCUCCAAUAUAA